GCAAAGUCCUUUGGCAGGAGUAGCACGUACAAUAACAGGUCGCUGGAAGAAUCACUGGCCGAUUUCAAGAUUAAGGAUGGUUACAUCUUUAAAGGGAUUGUUGCUGCGGGACCAGCCAAGGCUCGAGCCUGCGGUUGCGUACAACCUCCUCCAGUGGUCGACACCGUGGCACCUUAUGCCACUAUUGAAAACAUAUCGGUUCAGAGAUUAACUCCCGUGUAUAAGAUCGGGAUGGAGCCUUUGGUGAAAUCCAAGACUCCACCUAUGAAAGCUUCGGAACUGUGGCGGUGUAAGCCGGCUGUUCUCCUGUGCAUUCGACGGCCAGGGUGCAUCAUGUGCAGAGCUGAAGCUCACCAGCUCUAUGCCAAAAAGCCAAUAUUUGAUGCACUGGGAAUCCAAAUGUUUGCAGUUCUUCAUGAACAUAUAGAAUCAGAGGUAAACGACUUCUGGCCACGCUAUUGGGGUGGAGUUGUGAUCUUGGAUCGUACAAUGGGAUUCUUCAAAGCUCUUGGAGGUGGAAAUUACUUAAAGACAAGUUCCUAUCAGGAUUUUUAUUCAAUCCACGGGCCAUUGCAAACUAUAGACGUGCAAAAGCAAUGGGAAUAG